ACCAGAACCAGCUGCUCCAAUGCACCCCCGCAGACUCCCGCCGCUGACUUUUCACCAAAGGAGACCGGGACGAACCUGCUGCCUCGGACUUUGGACUUUGUGUGGACGCUUGGCUCGGAACCCCUGAAGAUCCAGACCCAGCGGAACCAUGAGCAGGAAGACCCGGCGCUGGGUUUUCCACGUCUUCCUCUGCUUCGGGAUCCUCUACCUGAAAAUCGGGGGUCUGUCCCCGGUGGUCGCGCUGGGAGCCAGCAUCAUCUGCAACAAGAUCCCCGGCCUGGCCCCCAGACAGAGGACCAUCUGCCAGAGCAGACCCGACGCCAUCAUCGUGAUCGGAGAGGGAGUCCAGAAGGGCAUCAACGAGUGUCAGUUCCAGUUCCGCCACGGCCGCUGGAACUGCUCAGCUCUGGGGGAGCGGACCGUGUUCGGGAGGGAGCUCCGAGUUGGCAGUAAGGAGGCUGCGUUCGCCUACGCCAUCAUAGCUGCUGGUGUCGCCCAUGCGGUCACAGCCGCCUGCACCCAGGGGAGCCUCACCGGAUGUGGCUGUGAAAAGGACAAGCAGGGCUCCUACAACCAGGAGGAAGGCUGGAAGUGGGGCGGCUGCUCUGCAGACGUCCACCACGGUCUGGAGUUUUCCAGGGUUUUCGUCGAUGCUCGGGAGGUCAAGCAGAACUCCAGGAUGCUGAUGAAUUUACAUAACAACGAGGUGGGACGCAAGGUCCUGGAGAAGGGCAUGCAUCUGGAGUGCAAGUGUCAUGGUGUUUCUGGAUCCUGCACCACCAAGACCUGCUGGACAACGCUCCCUAAGUUCCGUCACCUGGGAUACAUGCUCAAAGACAAGUACAGCCAGGCCGUCCACGUGGAGCCGGUGCGCGCCAGCCGCAACAAGCGCCCCACCUUCUUGAAGAUUAAGAAACCACACUUCUACCACAAGCCCAAAGACACUGAGCUUGUCUACAUCGAGAGGUCACCCAACUACUGUGAAGCCGACCCCCUGACGGGCAGCGUGGGAACUCAGGGCCGCCUGUGCAACAAAACGGCCCAGCAGCCCAACAGCUGCGACCUGAUGUGCUGUGGCCGUGGACACGACACACACCAAUACUCGCGUGUUUGGCAGUGCAACUGCAAGUUCCUGUGGUGCUGCUACGUGAAAUGCAACACGUGUAGUGAAAGGACCACGGUUCAUACCUGCAAGUAGAGAUGCUCCCUGCUUCCCUGAACCGUGUGUGUGUGUGUGUGUGUGUGUGUGUGUGUGUGUGUGUGUGUGUGUGUGUGUGUAAAAUAGACUUAAUAAUUUAUUGGCUGAGGAACUAUUGACUAUUUUGAUAUUUCAUGGGUUACUAAAUCUGUUAGGGUGUAGCUGUGUAGGUUCAUAGCUUAGUAAAGCUGCCUCAGUAAUACGUGCACUUAACUUUAUUUUUUGACCACUUCAAAUCAACUUAAACACUGGAAGUGAACAUGCAGUCAUCUGAUUAGAUGGUUGUUCUUCAGUUAGACCUUCAUGUGUUCACUGAGACGUGAGGUCACCUGUUAGAGGAACCAGACUGAAAGCCUUCAGAUGUGUUUCUAUGCACUCGGUCUUUAAACAGAACUGACAUGACGUUUGCUGUCUGCUGGUUGUUCCCUUGGCAUGAUCACAGAUCUUGUGGGAGGAAUGCUGGUCCAGAUGAGUUGGUACCAGAACCAGCAGCUCCUGUUGAUCUGAGAGGCAGAGGGACAGCAGUCGAUGAGCAGGCCUAACACCUCCUGACCAGAAAUAGUCAGGAGUGGUGCAAAGGAGAAGAAGUAGAAAAGUGGCAACGUGAAAAACAUGCAGGGUGAAAGCAGAACUCCCAUUAGUGUCUCGUAAAAGUCUGAUUUAUUAUGCGCCCCUCCCCCAGUGUGUUUCUCUCCAGGUGAACAACAGCCUUUGACACAUGGUCAGGUACAUCAGAUUGUAUAGAGAAGUAUUGACAUGUUUACUGUUCUGCUACCAGUUACAAACUGGUUAUACUGGUUAAACUGUCUGUGUACUGGUUGUGGAACAGUGACUAUAUUCUGUAAAGAUUCCUUCAGUUUUGCUGCUAGUUAUUGGAUGUGACCAAGCGGCCGUAUGGACUCGGAGCCCUACCGCCUGGAGCCAGCACUCCCUUCAUGUUGAUGAUAAAAUAUAUUUUGGAAGAGAUUAUUUUUAUAUGAACGUUUUUAUUUAUUUUUUCCAUCUCCGUGUAGUCUUCUGUUGCCUGAGCCUUUCUGGUUGUGCUGUAAUUAAACACAUGAGUUCAAA